AUGGCCUCGGGUAAAGCAGGCGGAGCUGUUGCUCUUUUCUCCGAAGCUACCAAGGCUGAGCAACUCGACUCUCACACAUACCGAGUUAAUCUCAACGCCGCCUUCUGUAUUGGCGCAGUCCCCAAUGGCGGCUACACAUCCGCAUGCAUGCUCGCAGCAGCAAGCAAACACCUCAGCCCACGCGGCCAGCCCGACACACUAACCGCACACUUUGAGUAUCCAAACAGGACAUCGACCGGGCCUGCUAUUGUCGUAAUUGAGGAUGUCAAGCUCGGUCGCCAAAUAUCCACGCUCCAUCUCACACUUUGGCAGGGUGGGCUUCUCUCACAAGCGCCGUGGAUUGACCGCUCCGUUUCACGCCGCAUUAUCCUCGCCUACACAACCCACACAAAUCUACGCGCAUUCUCUGGAAUCUCGAUGCCUACGGGCUACGAAGUAACGCCAGCUGCCGAGCUCCCAUCAGUAUCUGAUUUUGAAGCUCUAAAGACCCACGGCGCCGACAAUGCCUGGGAGGAGUCAAAACUUCCCAAGGGAUGGGCCAGAAUGAUGCCGUCCUUGGCCAAAUGGCGCUUUUAUGUCCCUCGCGGGGAACCUCUAAGCCCCGGAGUACUGGAUAUGUGGAUCCGGUUGACCAGCGGAGAAAAAAUCACGCAAGGCGCGCUGGCGUAUGUGGUUGAUUCAUUUCCGCACAACAUGCACACGUUCCUGGCAGCGCCAGCACUGCGUGAGCUUCUGAAUGCGCCGCAUGAACGAUCUAGCGAUUCCGAGGUCAAGGAUGUCCGGGAAAAGAAUCAGCAGCGCGCCGAAAUGUGGUUUCCGACUGUGGUGAUGAAUAUCGAAGCGAAGACGGCGCUUCCAGAGGAAGGUGUCGAGUGGCUAUCUGUUCGGGUGUCGUCGAAGCAGAUCAAAGACGGCAAGUUCGAUCUCGAGGUGCUUGUACGCGAUACUGAUGGGGAGGUGGUUGCGUUGAGUAAUCAUGUUGCGAUGAUUCUGAGCGUUGAACGGAAUACGGGCAAGAAGAGCAGUUCUUCAAAGGCUUCUUUGUAA